CUUCUCCCUUGACCUAAAGCAAAAAACCAAGGUCGAAAGAGAAUAUCUACCCUAAAUAGCCUGAAAACUCGGGGUCUUGUCAUUGUCACUCUUAAGUAACGCAGCCCCCAAUCCAACCAUCCGUCGGUUCCAGUCCUCAAAUCCAAGUCCCUUUGCUUUACCUAUCCUUGUUUUUGGUUUCUUUCUUUUGGUUGGAGCAUAGAGUUUUAGAGAGGGGUAAAAAUGGUGAACCCAAGGUGUUAUUUGGACAUAAGUAUAGGAGGAGAAGUAGAAGGAAGGCUAGUAGUGGAGUUAUACAAGGAUGUUGUGCCCAAAACUGCUGAAAAUUUCAGGGCUUUGUGUACUGGUGAGAAAGGCAUUGGACCCAACACUGCUGCUCCCCUGCAUUAUAAGGGUGUUCGAUUUCACCAAGUUAUCAGGGGUUUUAUGAUACAAGGUGGGGAUAUAUCAGCUGGUGAUGGAACUGGUGGAGAAUCCAUUUAUGGCUUGAAAUUCGAGGAUGAGAACUUUGAGUUAAAACAUGAACGGAAAGGAAUGUUAUCAAUGGCUAACACGGGGCCUAACACCAAUGGAUCUCAAUUCUUUAUCACUACUAAUCGAACCACUUGUCUAGAUGGAAAGAAUGUGGUUUUUGGGAAGAUUAUCAAAGGAAUGGGUGUUCUUCGUUCUAUUGACCAUGUUGCUACCGAGGAUGGUACUAAUUACCCCACUCAAGAGGUUAUAAUUGCUGAUUGUGGAGAAAUUCCUGAAGGGGCAGAUGACGGCAUAUCUAACUUCUUUAAGGAUGGUGAUGUUUAUCCUGAUUGGCCAGCUGACCUUGACAAAAAACCAGAUGAGUUUUCUUGGUGGAUGGAGGCAGUAGACUCUAUCAAAGCUUUCGGAAAUGAGCAAUUCAAGAAACAAGAUUAUAAGAUAGCUCUUAGAAAAUAUUGUAAGGCUUUGCGUUACUCUGAUGUUUGCUGGGAGCUGAAGGGCAUUGAUGGAGGGAGAUGCUCGGCUUUGCGGAAGACCAAGUCUCAGAUAUAUACGAAUUGUUCUGCCUGCAAGUUGAAACUUGGUGACUUAAAAGGGGCAUUGUUGGAUGCGGACUUUGCAAUUCGUGACGGUGAAGAUAAUGUGAAAGCUUUCUUUCGGCAAGGCCAGGCAUAUAUGGCACUUAAGGACAUAGAUGCUGCAGUUGAGAGCUUUAAAAAGGCAUUGGACUUGGACCCAAAUAAUGGUGGAAUAAAGAAAGAGUUUGCAGCAGCAAGGAAGAAGAUUGCUGAUCGAAGAGACCGAGAGAAACAGGCAUACUCUAGAAUGUUUCAAUAGAUCUUUUGCAAAAACUAUAUAGAGUUUUUUCUGUUUAUAGUUUGUUUGGCUUGAGGGAAAAAUCAGGCUUCGGCUUCAGCCAAAACUUUCCAGAUCUCUGUUAAGUUGGAAUUUGGGUAGUUACUUUCCUACUCUUCAUUUUUAGUGAAACAGAUUGACAUUUUAUUCCUACUAGAACCUUUAUU